AUGCAUCAGCUCCCCACCAAUUGUCCGCUUGCCAUCGUCAGCGCUGCACUGUGCAUUCUCGCCUCUGCUACGGACCAGGCUAGUGCUUCCUCCCUGAGAAGUCUUAAUGUGGUUCACAGCGCACAGACUCAGAACAGGACCACUUACCAGCAAACUAGCUAUUGGGGACUCAGGCGGGAUGAUGAACAUGGACCGACAGUCCAUCAAGAAGAUCACUGGCACUACAACAGGCCUGUAGCAGCACGCCUUGAGACAGAUAGUAGUCCUUCAUCAAGCGCACCCUCACUCAAAAGGGCGAUGUCCUUCCUGUCAAGGCCGAGCGCUAGACCCACCACCCUUUCCGCCAUCCCAAACAUUAGACCUCGAGUGCCAAACCUACCUGUACCCAUACCAUCUGAUGAGGGCCUGCAAUGCAUCAACACAGCAUUUGGAGCAAAUGUGGCCAGAUUCACCAGUCUACUGCCUCACCUAGCAGGUAUCACCUUCCCUUCAGGAGCCCCCCAGCAGCUAGGAAGGCUGAUCACGACUUUCCAUACAGCUAUCAGAGUAGCUUAUGAUUUGUUCUGCAAUUUGAAUGCAUCACCUGCAGACUCUAUCAUUACCCUCCUCAGCCUGGGCGCUUCUUACUGCAUCAUGACCCCAAUGCCGGCGGUCCGGUCAUCGUUAGCUCACACCGCCGGGGUCUACCCCCACAUCACACCCCCACCCUACCUCGACACCCGUAUACAAUACUCAGGGAUGAAUUUGAAGGGCACAGACUACUGGCAUCAAUACCUGCUGCACAGCUUGAUGGGCAUAGAAUCUUGCUGGCCCCCACAAGACGUUUGGGAAUCAUCUAGUCGAUGGAUGGAGUUCUGGACGGAUGCAGAUGAAAAAUGGUUCCAAACCCACCUGUUGAACUUGUCAUCAGGCAAUCUUGCUGCUCUCAAGACUUGCAGGAAUUGGAAACGCUCCUUCUGGCCUACUGCAGCAGUAAGGUUGGGAGACUCCGCCGGUACAGAAAUAUUUGCCCACAGCUUGCUCCAGGACUUGGGUUAUUGCACGGACAAGGAACCAUGUUGGGAUUUAUCAGUAUAUGCCAACCCACUGGGGCAACUGCCACACAUGAGUCAGGCCAGGGUCGGAGGCUAA